AUGUCAUGUCAUUCUUGUAAUCCAAGCCUUCACUUCUCUACUUCCAUUAGCUCUCCAUAUGCUUCUUACUUUUCAACCAACCCUCCCUCGUCAGCCACCACUGCCUUGUCAAGCAACACUCACUCUUCAACCACCACUGCCUUGUCAAGCAACCCUAACUCUUCAACCACCACUGCCUUGUCAACCAACAGUCACUCUUCAACCACCACUGCCUUGUCAAGCAACACUCACUCUUCAACCACCACUGCCUUGUCAAGCAACACUUACUCUUCAACCACCACUGCCUUGUCAACCAACACUCACUCUUCAACCACCACUGCCUUGUCAACCAACCCUCACUCUUCAACAACCACUGCCUUGUCAAGCAACACUCACUCUUCAACCACCACUGCCUUGUCAAGCAACACUCACUCUUCAACCACCACUGCCUUGUCAACCAGCCCUCACUCUUCAACCACCACUGCCUUGUCAACCAACACUCACUCUUCAACCACCACUGCCUUGUCAACCAGCCCUAACUCUUCAGCCACCACUCCCUCACUCUUCAACCACCACUGCCUUUCAACCAACCCUCACUCUUCAACCACCACUGCCUUGUCAACCAACCCUCACUCUUCAACCACCACUGCCUUUCAACCAACACUCACUCUUCAGCCACAACUGCCUUGUCAACCAGCCCUCACUCUUCAACCACCACUGCCUUUCAACCAACCCUCACUCUUCAACCAAAACUGCCUUGUCAACCAACACUCACUCUUCAACCACCACUGCCUUGUCAAGCAACACUCACUCUUCAACCACCACUGCCUUGUCAACCAACCCUCACUCUUAAACCACCACUGCCUUUCAACCAACCCUCACUCUUCAACUACCACUGCCUUGUCAACCAACCCUCACUCUUCAACCACCACUGCCUUGUCAACCAACCCUCACUCUUCAACCACCACUGCCUUGUCAAGCAACACUCACUCUUCAACCACCACUGCCUUGUCAACCAACCCUCACUCUUCAACCACCACUGCCUUGUCAACCAACCCUCACUCUUCAACCACCACUGCCUUGUCAAUCAACCCUCACUCUUCAACCACCACUGCCUUGUCAACCAACCCUAACUCUUCAACCACCACUGCCUUGUCAACCAACCCUCACUCUUCAACCACCACUGCCUUGUCAAGCAACACUCACUCUUCAACCACCACUGCCUUGUCAACCAACCCUCACUCUUCAACCACCACUGCCUUGUCAACCAACCCUCACUCUUCAACCACCACUGCCUUGUCAACCAACUCUCACUCUUCAACCACCACUGCCUUGUCAACCAACCCUCACUCUUCAACCAGCACUGCCUUGUCAAGCAACACUCACUCUUCAACCACCACUGCCUUGUCAACCAACCCUCACUCUUCAACCACCACUGCCUUGUCAAGCAACACUCACUCUUCAACCACCACUGCCUUGUCAACCAACCCUCACUCUUUAACCACCACUGCCUUGUCAACCAACCCUCACCCUUCAGCCACCACUGCCUUGUCAUCCAACCCUCACUCUUCAACCACCACUGCCUUGUCAACCAACCCUAACUCUUCAACCACCACUGCCUUGUCAACCAACCCUCACUCUUCAACCACCACUGCCUUGUCAAGCAACACUCACUCUUCAACCACCACUGCCUUGUCAACCAACCCUCACUCUUCAACCACCACUGCCUUGUCAACCAACCCUCACUCUUCAACCACCACUGCCUUGUCAACCAACUCUCACUCUUCAACCACCACUGCCUUGUCAACCAACCCUCACUCUUCAACCAGCACUGCCUUGUCAAGCAACACUCACUCUUCAACCACCACUGCCUUGUCAACCAACCCUCACUCUUCAACCACCACUGCCUUGUCAAGCAACACUCACUCUUCAACCACCACUGCCUUGUCAACCAACCCUCACUCUUUAACCACCACUGCCUUGUCAACCAACCCUCACCCUUCAGCCACCACUGCCUUGUCAACCAACCCUCACUCUUCAACCACCACUGCCUUGUCAACCAACCCUUACUCUUCAACCACCACUGCCUUGUCAUCCAACCCUCACUCUUCAACCACCACUGCCUUGUCAAGCAACACUCACUCUUCAACCACCACUGCCUUGUCAACCAACCCUCACUCUUCAACCACCACUGCCUGCCUUGUCAAGCAACACUCACUCUUCAACCACCACUGCCUUGUCAACCAACCCUCACUCUUUAACCACCACUGCCUUGUCAACCAACCCUCACCCUUCAGCCACCACUGCCUUGUCAACCAACCCUCACUCUUCAACCACCACUGCCUUGUCAACCAACCCUCACUCUUCAACCACCACUGCCUUGUCAACCAACCCUCACUCUCCAACAAACCUUUACUCUCCAACACACCAUCUUUCUUAAACCAAACCUCAUUCUUCAACCAACCAUCUUUCUUAAACCAACCCUAA